AUGUCGACAAUCUCACGAACAUUGUCCAACCUGCGCAAGGUUGGAAUCAAGAUGCUGUACAUCGGUGACACCAAGGCUGGUCGUCUGAUUGGCACCGAUCGCGCCGGCAACAAGUUCUUUGAGAACAACGAGGAACUCCCCCUCCGAACACGCUGGGUCGAGUACGCCAAGCACGACUACGACGCCGCUCACAUUGAGCCCGGAUGGCACGCCUGGAUCAGCUACAGCGUCGAUAAGCCUCCUACCGAGGACCCCCUACUACAAGCCGGUGUCCGAGCCUUUGAGCCCUCACGCGCCCUCCCCAACUUUACCCAGACCCGCGGCGCUUUCAAGACUUACAACACGUAUGUUUCGCAUUUCGUAGGAGGCAAAAUUCUGACCGUUUUAGUUCCAAGUCCAAGAUCUCGGCAUGGGAGCCUGUGGCGGCGCCUCGGGCAUGAGGAGUGGUCAAAUGUAUAUAAAUUCGCGUAG